GAUAUCUUUAAGGUUCUCUAUAACACCAGAAUCCUGGCCGACGGGACCGUUAUUAACGGGUCGUCGGAUAUUAACGAGUCUAGUCUAUACUCACUAGCUAUAGUAGGUAUUAUAAUUCGUGGAUAUAACGGACCCGAAGCUACAAUUAAAGUAAUUAUCUACGCUAUCACGGUGCUUAUUAUAUCUUACCUCUACACUAUCGGGCUAGCUAUUCCUAUAGUUAUCGUGAUAUCGAGCGGAGUUACGGCGGAGAAAGGGAUUAUCUUUAAGUUAGUAGAUACUAUUGAAGUAGCUUAUAAAACUUCUCACGUUAUGUUCGAUAAAACCGGUACCCUAACUCGGGGCAAGCUUUCUAUUAUUAUAGAGAACUACGAUAACGUAGGAAGCCUCUCGCUUCUUCUUAGGCUUAUCGAAAACAGUCUAUACCCAGUCUCCGUUUCUGUGGCUACCUAUCUUAAGGAUGCUAGUGUUACGGCUUCUACUAUUCCUAAGGCUAAGAGCCUUACUAGUAUAGGUGUUAAGACUACCUUUAGUGGCCGGAAACUUCGAUUAGUCUAUAGUCUCGAAGAUAAGCUUCGACCUAACGCUACUAGGACAAUUGAGAGCUUACAGAAGCGUGGUAUCUCGGUCUAUAUCGUUUCUGGUGACGACAAUGGAGCUAUUUAG